UUAGUUUAUACUUUCCUUCGAGUAUCUCACAGUACUGCUUCUUGUUAUUACAGUCUUCUAGUUGCUUCUUCGUGGGGCUCUCUGAAAUCUUCCUCCUGCACCGAGCGCCUCACUACAAACCCGGUCAGAUGCGUGUAAGCGAGCCACAAACCGUGGAUUACAAAUGCUACAUAAUUAGUCAUUUGCUGGCCACCUUAGCCUCCUUCCUAUGCUACUCUCAAUCACACGAUCAAUAGCCACGGUACGGACAGUGAGCCUUUCGGCGCUUGGUGCACGCUUCAACAGCGCGCCCGCCAGCGGCGUUUCCAGACUCUCCAAGUCGCUCAUCCAGGUCGCUGGCACUGACGCCACCAAGUUCCUCAACGGACUCAUCACGUCACGGCUCAUGCCCACGCUCACAAAGAAGAACGAGCAUACCGUUACAGAACCCGCGACGGGCGAUGAUGCGGAUAUCCAUGCGAUCGAUGUGUCGCGCAACUGGGGGAUCAUGCACGAGGACAUCUUCAGCGGGGCGGCCACCGAUUCAGAGCGUCUCAGCGUACUGCGCGAUGGGAUCUUCUCCAUGAUAUUGAACUCCAAGGGGCGUGUUUUUGGCGAUGUGUUCCUCUACCCCACACCAUUCACAGUCUCAGAGGCGCAGAGCGAGGACCUGGCUGCGUACCUUCUCGAGGUUGAUACCGCGAACGCACGCAAGAUGAUGAUGAUGCUCAAGAUGCACAAACUCAAGUCGCAGGUUAUUAUCACGUCUCAGCCUCGCUUGUCAUCAUAUUACUAUUACAACGAUUCGCCAGAAUUCUCCCAGUUCGUGGAGAACUUCAAGACGGUGCUCUUUUCGCUGACAAAGUCGCCAGGGCAGGCCCUAGAGAACGCCACCGUGUUUAUGCAAUCGGAGAUUCUCUUCCAGAGUGAUGCGCCCGUCGUGGGCUUUGCCAUUGAUGGCCGUGUCCCGGGCUUCGGAGUCAAGUUUUUGGUGGACGAUGCGGGCGAUGCGGACGCGGUUAUCGCGGCGUCACGGCUUCUCACCAUUGAGGAGUCCCCGCAUAUUGUGGACGAAGCGGUCCUUAGAACCCGGCGGUUUGCCAAUGGGGUGAUUGAAUCCGCUGACGUGCUCAACACUGGCGAUCCGGCACUUGCAGGGGUUAAUUUCUUGCCGUUUGACUUGAACUUGGACUAUACUAUGGGCAUGUCGCUCGAUAAAGGCUGCUAUGUCGGCCAGGAGUUAACCAUCAGAACGUACACUGCUGGGGUAAUUAGAAAAAGAUGUGUCCCUGGUUCCAUAAUGAUCACCGGGGAAGCCCCUUCCAGUUUGAUCGGCUGUGAGUUGAGCCCUAUCUACGAUUCCCCGAUCACGGUAGAGCUGGACCUGGUGUCUUCACCCUUUGCAAGUCCGUUUGGGGUAUCUAAUCCUACCAAACGCAGACGCCGCUCUGGCGGCAAGAUUGUGGCGGUUGACGGCGCCAGGUGUUUUGCCUUAAUGAGUUUGGACCAGAUUGCCAAAACUAAGGUCUACAGAUGUGAUUUGGAGAAUGGUGCGGAGGUUAGAGUUGAGUUUGAGGUUCCUGCCUGGUGGCCUGUCGAGUAGUGUUUGUAUAUAUAUAUAUAUAUAUAUAUUCUCUCACAAAAUAGUUUGUCUAUAGAGAAGGUG